AUGAGGGCUGAAGACAAGGAGCCUCCCCCUCCGUCCUUCACAGUUCAGUGUGGUGUUCCUGACCACAUCCUUCCGACUGUUCCAACCUCGCAGCAUCUGAACCGCUUGGCCGCUCAUCUCAGUUCAGAGUGGAAGUCUGUGCUGCUGGACCUGGGUCUGUCCUUAGCAGAUCUGUACCGGUGCUGCGCCGACCACCCCCUCGCGAUUCAGAGUCAGGUGCUCGCUGGGCUGGUGAUGUGGACGCAGAGGAACGGAAGAGAAGCCACAGUGCGGCGGCUGCUCCAGAGCCUGCAGCCUGCAGACAUCCCACCAUCUGACCUCCAACAGGUGUUUGUGUGACAUAACAAGCUGUGUUUUUCUGGACUUCAUACUGCUCUUGAGCUGUGGAAAACACAACAGACACUGAAGGAGGAGAAACAGACAGUGUCCUUGCGUGACUUUUUGUAUUUUGUCACAGGAAUGUACUGAAACUCCAUUAUACAUCUAAU